GUUACCACAGGAUGCACUGGGCGAAAAUACUAGGGGUGGGCAUCGGGGCAGCCGCCCUCUUGGGGCUGGGGAUCAUCCUGGGGCACUUCGCCAUCCCCAAAGCAACUGAACCUCUGGCCUCCAGUGCUUCAGACUCCCAGGACCUGGACCUGGCGAUCCUUGACUCUGUAAUGGGACAACUAGAUGCUAGUAGGAUCCGAGAGAACCUCCGAGAACUCUCCAAGGAACCACAUGUGGCCACCAGCGCUCGGGAUGAGGCCCUGGUGCAGCUGCUGCUGGAGCGCUGGAAGGAUUCGGCGAGUGGGCUAGACACAGCCAAGACCUAUGAGUAUACGGUCCUGCUCUCCUUCCCCAGCACAGAGCAGCCUAACAUCGUGGAAGUCGUGGGCCCCAAUGGGACGGUCUUCCACUCCUUCCAACCCUUCGAGAAGAAUCUGACUGGGGAGCAGGCAGAGCCCAAUGUGUUGCAACCUUAUGCUGCCUACGCUCCCCCUGGGACCCCAAAGGGCCCCCUUGUCUAUGCCAACCGAGGCUCGGAAGACGACUUCAAGAAGUUAGAGGCUGAGGGCAUCAACCUUAAAGGCACCAUCGCACUGACUCGCUACGGGAGCGUGGGGCGUGGGGCCAAGGCCAUCAAUGCUGCCAGGCAUGGAGUUGUCGGAGUGCUGGUAUACACGGACCCUGGUGAUAUCAAUGACGGGAAGAGCUUGCCUAAUGAAACCUUCCCCAACUCCUGGGGACUGCCCCCUUCUGGUGUGGAGCGAGGCUCCUACUAUGAGUAUUUUGGGGACCCUCUGACUCCCUACCUUCCAGCCCACCCCGUAUCUUUCCGCCUGGAUCCUCAUAACAUCUCGGGAUUUCCCCCAAUUCCCACCCAGCCUAUCGGCUUUGAGGAUGCGAAAAAUCUGCUCUGUAACCUCAAUGGAACAUCCGCCCCCGACUCCUGGCAGGGAGCACUGGGUUGUGAGUACAAGCUGGGACCGGGUUUCGAGCCAAACGGAAACUUCCCGGCUGGCAGUGAGGUGAAAGUGAGUGUCUACAACAGGCUGGAGCUGAGGAACUCCUCCAACGUCCUGGGCAUUAUCCGGGGGGCAGUGGAGCCUGAUCGAUACGUGAUCUACGGAAACCACCGGGACAGCUGGGUACACGGGGCAGUGGACCCCAGCAGUGGCACUGCUGUCCUCUUGGAGAUCUCUCGAGUCCUGGGGACCUUGCUAAAGAAGGGCACCUGGCGGCCCCGUAGAUCCAUCAUAUUUGCCAGCUGGGGAGCAGAGGAGUUCGGGCUCAUCGGCUCCACAGAAUUCACAGAGGAGUUCCUCAGCAAGCUGCAGGAGCGCACAGUGACCUACAUCAACGUGGACAUCUCUGUGUUCUCCAAUGCUACCCUCCGGGCACAGGGGACACCCCCUGUACAAAGCGUGAUCUUCUCUGCCACCAAAGAGAUCAGUGCACCAGGCUCCAGUGGCCUCAGUGUCUAUGACAACUGGAUCCGAUAUACUAACCGCAGUAGUCCAGUAUAUGGACUGGUUCCCAGCAUGGGCACACUGGGUGCAGGCAGCGACUAUGCCUCAUUCAUUCACUUCCUGGGCAUCACCUCCAUGGACCUUGCCUACACCUAUGACCGGAGCAAGACCUCAGCCAGGAUCUACCCAACCUACCACACAGCGUUUGACACGUUUGAUUAUGUGGAGAAGUUUCUGGACCCUGGUUUCAGCAGCCACCAGGCUGUGGCCCGGACUGCUGGGAGUGUGCUGCUCCGGCUGAGUGACAGCCUCUUCCUGCCCCUCAAUGUCAGUGACUAUAGUGAGACACUACAGAGUUUCCUACAGGCUGCUCAAGAGAACCUUGUCACCCUGUUAGAGAAUCAUAACAUCAGUCUGGGGCCCUUGGUGACCGCAGUGGAGAAGUUUAAGGCAGCAGCUGCAGCCUUGGACCAACACAUCUUGACGCUGCAGAAGAGCAGCCCUGAUCCUCUGCAGGUACGGAUGGUCAAUGACCAGCUAAUGCUCUUGGAACGGGCAUUCCUGAACCCGAGGGCUUUCCCAGAGGAGCGAUAUUAUAGCCACGUGCUCUGGGCACCCAACACAGCCUCUGUUGCCACAUUCCCAGGUCUGGCCAAUGCUUAUGCUAGGGCCCAGGAAAUCAACUCCGGAGCUGAAGCUUGGGCUGAAGUAGAGAGGCAGCUUAGCAUUGCAGUAGUGGCCCUGGAGGGCGCAGCAGCCACCCUGCAACCUGUGACUGACCUCUAACCCUAGCCCUGUCCCUGGGGCCUUUUCUUAUCUUGCACCUCUUGCACCUGUUUCUCUGGGUUAUGUCCCAGUCCUUUCUGAGACCAGGAGUAGGUACAACCAGGAAGCACUCUAGAGUUUCUAUAGCAACAGCUGGGAGUCCCUGGAGUUAAGGACACCUGCUCAUGGUAGUGGGUGAAUCUGGGGCCAAAGUAAUAUAGAGGCUAAGCCCUUGCUCAGCCUGCUUUCCUGUUCCUCUCCUCUAUCUCCUCUCUUAACCCUCAAAUAAACAAAGUCUAGACGUUCCUGUCCUUGUUUGAAAAUCA